AUGGCAAACGCGAACCAAGGGGGCGAUCUGGCGCCACUACCAAUCGUCCCUUGCCCAGAUUGCGGCAGGAACAUGGUGACCUACGUAGCUUGCUGGGGGCAGAACGCUGAUGAACAUUUCUACAAGUGCCGGAAUCACAACCCAUCGCGUGGGGGUUGUGAUUUCUACCGAUGGCAGGAGGCGUACGCGGACCAUCUAGCGUCGCUUGGGCCUGUCGCGCCACCAUUGGCGCAAAUCCAGCCACAGCCGCAGCAAGGUGGACAAUGCGGGGGAGUUCAAGAUCUGCAGAUGCCGCACGGUGGACAGCUGCAGCACAAUAGCAUGGCGGAUGGCACACAGUUUGUUUCUUCAGUCAGCGCAGUUACAGGAUACAUCCUCGUUGCGUUGCCUGCGGCUGCCUGCCAGGGGACUGUCAGGUUGGACCCCGCAUCUAUCAAUUUGGUGGUAUCUGUGGCGAGCCUGAUAGUUGGCAUGGCGAUACUUGUGUUGCUGGUGGCCGAUGUGGUCCUGCGCGUGCUGGGGUAG